UCCAGAAGCAUUUAUCGAUAAGGAUCACUCAUUAUCUAAUCUACAAUUACGUGCCUAGAGGUACAUGGCAGUGCCUACAUCGCAGUCCCCGCUACGCAUCAAUUCCAUAGACGUCCACGAGUAGCCAUCAGACUUUCUACUCAGCAUUCCGUUGCCCUUCAACUUCUAAUAACUUUCGCUCUUUCUAAUAGACUCGCAAUAUAAUACCCAGCUAGACAGCAGACUCCCUUGUCCCUUAAUAGACCUACAGUGGACUUCCUAACCUUUUUCCGGAAAUAAUAAAGGCACCGAUCAGCAAACCUCUCCAUAGAAACUCUAACCCCGCCAUCCCCCAGCCGAUCAACCACCAGCUUCGCGCCACCCAAUCCCAACCAACCAACCACACCCAACCCGCCACAAUCUGUCCGUCCAUACAAAAACCUUAGAACCUCAAUGGCAGCGGAGGCAGAGCGCCCGCGAAUCCUCUACGGCGACGCGGGCCCGGAGCCGCCGUACCCGCUGCGCAUGGAAGGCACCGUGAUAUCCGGCUUCGGGCGCGGGUCGAAGGAGCUCGGGAUCCCGACGGCGAACCUGCCCGUCGACGAGGCGGCCGCGCCGUGGAUCGCGACCGCGAAGUCGGGCGUGUACUUCGGGUACGCGUCGCUCGCGCUCCCGGACACGCAUCCGGACCACGCGCAACACCACCGCCGGCACAGGGGUAACCCGCGCGCGCCCGCCUCGGCGCCUCCCGCCCCUCUUCCCCCGUCCUCCAACGACACCGCGGCAGAGUCUCCCUCGUCCGAGCCCGAGCCGCCGUCGCGGUGGCAGAUCUACCCGAUGGUCAUGUCGAUCGGGUACAACCCGUUCUACAAGAACUCGGUGCGGUCGGCGGAGGUGCACGUGCUGCACAAGUUCGCGGCCGACUUCUACGACGCGCCUAUGCGCCUGCUGAUCCUGGGCUUCGUGCGCGAGGAGCGCGACUACCCGUCGCUCGACGCCCUCGUCGUCGACAUAAACGUCGACUGCGAGGUUGCGCGGCAGAGCCUCGCGCGCCCGGCCUGGACCCCGCGCCAGGGCGUCGUGGACGGGCCGGGCGGGGAAUUCGACGGUUCCUGGCUUGUGCGGGAGGAGUGAUUGGGAGCGGGGGAAACAGAACAGAACAGAACAGAAGGGAGGGAGGGUGUGAUCUAACGUUAAGAUAGAUCUAAGGAUUACAUAUUACCUACUCGAGUUAAGUCUGGCUUGUUUUUUUUUUACCAGCCUUUGGUGAUAUAGGUACAAUACCUAUGUAUGUAACUAUACAUAUAUAUGUAUCGUAUCUAGCAUGAGCAGCGGUACGAGGCAAGAUGUCUCGAGCGUGGGUAAGGGUAAAGUCGGGAUUAGGAGGGGUAACGUAAGCGAAGUUACCCGAGGCGGCCCGAGGCAUCCAAUGCGCAAACUUCCGAAAGCCCGCGGGACACGUGCGACGUCAUAACACGAUACAAUCGCUCUAUAGUCGUUCUGACUUUGCUCAUUGGUGGUUGAGCGCUCACCUUAUAGAAUAAUACACCAAAUCAAAUGUUAUUCGAAGGCAGC